CUAAGAGCCACCGUCUUGCCUUGUUGUCCACUCCGCGCACACAAUGGAGCAGUUCCUAAUCGACAACACGGCGCGAUACCGGGACCUGGUAUCCGCGCACAACCUCAAGGCGCGCACUGAGAGCCUGAACACGACGCUGGACGCUGCACCCGACAAUGACAUUACGAUCGCGGCGCGGAUCCGCCCGCUGCUCGACGACGAGGUCGAGAGCGGGCAGGUCGAGGGCGUGCUCCUCCGUCCUGGGUCGGGCGGCACGGUCGACCUGCACGAGAUGCGGCGGCCGGUCAAGCCGACGGCGCCGUUGACGCUGAGCUCCUCGUCCUACGCCGUCGACCGCGUCUUCGGGCCCGAGAGCACAAGCGACGACAUCUACGCGCGCCUCGUGCGCCCGCUCGUUCCGUGGGCGUGGAGCGGCGGCGUGUCGACGCUCUUCGCGUACGGGCAGACGGGGUCAGGCAAGACGUUUACCGUGUCGGCGCUCGAAUGCCUGAUUGCGCAGACGCUCUUCUCGUCCGAGCUCGAGGGGGACCGCGACGUGUUUAUUUCCGUGAUCGAGCUGGCGGGCAAGUCAGCGUUCGACCUGCUGUCGUCGCGCAAGCCCGUGUCGAUCCUCGAGGACUCGUUCGGGUCGACGCAUUUCGCGGGCGCGAGCGACGUGCGGGUCGGCAGCGCCGAUGCGCUGCUCGCGCAGAUCGAGGCCGCGGCGGCGUUCCGGCGCACCGAGCCGACGCUGAAGAACGCGACCAGCUCGCGCAGCCACGCGAUCUGCAAGAUCCGCCUGGUGAACCGCGCGCUGCCGCAGGCCGACGAGGGCGUGCUGUACCUCGUUGAUCUGGCCGGGUCCGAAGCAGCGCGCGACAAGGCCGCGCACAGCGCCGAGCGGAUGAAGGAGGCGCGCGAGAUCAACACGAGCUUGUCGGUGCUGAAAGACUGCAUCCGCGGCCGUGCGAGCGUCGACAUCACCGCGCCAAACAACAAGCCAGGCUACGUGCCCUUCCGCCAGAGCCCGCUCACGCGCGUGCUCAAGCACGUGUUCGACCCGGCCGCCGAGCGCGCGUGCAAGACGCUCGUGGUGGCGUGCAUCAACCCGAGCUUUCUCGACGUCGGCGCCAGCAAGAGCACGCUGCGCUACGGCGCGCUGCUGAAGGGCACGCCGCCAAAGCCGCAGGUGGUCAAGUAUGAUCCCGCCCGCCCGAGCAGCUGGGACAAUGCGCAGCUGCGGUCGUGGGUGGGGAAGAGUUCUGGCACGCCUGCCGUCGACGCAGCCAUCCUCGCGCCCACCGAGACCGGCAAGCAGCUCCUCAGCCUCCCCGCGCCCGAGUUCAUCACGCGCUGCCUCAAGACCCCCGGUGUGAGCGCCGAGCAGGCGCACGCCUUCCAGUCCAAGUUCUGGGGGAUGCACAUUGACUCUGCGCGCGCCGUGGUGUUCAAGAAGAGCAGUGGCAAGUCGACGCCCACGCCAAACGGUGCCGACGGCGACGUUGGUGCUGACUCCAACGACGGCGUCAAGGCUAUCAACGGGUACAUGGACAAGCUGAGCCAGGGGCUGUGCAGCGCCGACGCGGACCCCGAGCGCUCAUCGCAGCCGUUCAAGACGCGCCUACGCCCAGGCAUGGUCGUGAGCUGGAGCCCGCCCGAGGGGCUGCGCGGCGUGCCCCACCUCCCCGGGCGCAACCUCGCCAUCCUGCUCGCGCCUGCCGGCGACGGCGAGUACACGUGCGGCAUGGUCGCGCCGGCCGUGCUGCCGGGCGCGUUCGAGGUGUUUGUGUGGCAGCAGUUCCCUGCGGCCGUCGACCGGAUGAUUGCCGAGGUCAUCCUCGAGUACGACGUCGGGUCGCGGUACUACUACGAGACGGUGUAG